AUGCGGGAGAUCUGCCCACCCUGCCAAACUGCCCACCCCCCCCCCCCCCCCCCCCCCCCUCUCUCCCAUGGCGCGAUUGCAUUCUCUCUGCUGCAAUCUCUUUCUUCACAUCUGAACUCCCCCCAGUCUCCGCUAGCCUCCGCCCCCAGUCCUGGUUCAAUCGCUCCCGCUGCCAUGAAUCGCCCACGGCCGGCCUUUGCACUUCCGACUGUGGCGGUCCCUCACCUCCGCACCUCCACCCGCCUCCUCUGCUCGCGGAAGCCGGGACAUCCUGCCCCAUGCUUCUCUGUGUCAAUGAUGGCAGAUAUAUCAAAACCUCGACCCGGCGUCGGCGGCCCCAAGCGUGGUCCGGAGUUUGGAGGCGCAGAUAAGGGGGGAGGCGUCGCUGUCAUCACGAAGCCGGAUGUCAAGCAGAAGACAAAGAGAAAGGCGAAGACAGAGAAGGAACCGUCGUGGCGUGUCUUGUUACACAAUGACGAUGUACAUACUUUUGAAUACGUCACCGGAGCUAUCGUCAAGGUCAGUUGA